CAUGCCUGCUACCAAUAUUACAGCAGAACUGUGCUGUGGUUUCCUUCAGAGCAUUCUGGACAAUCUAACACUGGCAAAGGAUGAUUCUGUGGUUAUAUAUAAAACUAGAGGUAUAGUAAAAAACAAACCAUUCAAGAAAGAGCUUGUUACACAGUAAAGGUAUGAUAUAACAACAGUCUUCUAGCUACAAAAUAUUGUGCCAAACAUGGGAAAUCAUUGUACUUCAACAGAAAACUGUGUGCUCAAACAUGUUAACAUAUGAUAUUAUACACCCUGAAAAUGGAUAUAUUUUCUGUGGAUAUGUAUAAACGUACAGAGCGUUAUUAAUUAAGAUAAUAAGGCACAAGUUAAAAGCAGUGUGUUGCAAAUAUGACCCAUUUACAAGCUGGUCUUUGUCCAGACACUGUGGAGAAAUCCCGUUUGGAACUGAAUGAGAACCCAGAUACUUUACAUCAUGAUAUCCAGCAGGUUAAGGAUAUGAUAAUCACAAGACCAGACAUUGGGUUUCUACGAACUGAUGAUGAAUUUAUCUUAAGAUUUCUAAGAGCCAGGAAGUUCAACAAAGCAGAUACCUUUAAACUGCUGGCCCAGUAUUUUCAGUAUAGGCAGCAAAACUUGGAAAUGUUCAAAAACUUUAAGGCAGAUGACCCAGGUAUCAAACGUGCAUUAAUGGAUGGCUUUCCAGGAGUUCUUCAAAAUCUGGAUCAUUGUGGCAGGAAGAUUUUGCUAUUAUUUGCAGCCAACUGGGACCAGAGUAGGAAUUCUUUCAUAGAUAUUUUGCGAGCUAUACUUCUCUCACUUGAAGUUCUCAUUGAAGAUUAUGAGCUGCAGAUUAAUGGCUUCAUUUUAAUAAUAGACUGGAGUAAUUUCUCCUUCAAACAAGCCUCCAAACUAACUCCAUCAUUCCUUAAACUAGCCAUUGAAGGGUUGCAGGACAGUUUCCCUGCUCGCUUUGGAGGCGUCCACUUUGUCAACCAGCCCUGGUACAUUCAUGCUCUUUACACCAUGAUCAAGCCUUUUCUUAAAGACAAAACCAGGAAGAGGAUAUUCCUUCAUGGGAACAACCUGAACAGUCUUCAUCAGCUAAUACACCCUGAGUGCCUGCCCUCAGAAUUUGGUGGCACACUUCCUCCAUAUGACAUGGGAACAUGGGCUCGGACAUUACUGGGACCUAACUACACAGAUGAAUCAGAAAAUAUGUAUACAUCUUAUAACAUGAUGCAUUUGGGGAAUUCAUUUGAUAGCUCAGUCAUUCAACAUGCUCCACAUUACAUGAAAAGGUCUCAGUCAGUAAUGGAAACCAGUGCACUGAAACAUGAAAAUCGAGAUGAUGACAACACACAACCACUACUGGCUCUUGACUGAUAACAGCUUGCUAGAUCUAUACUGUAUGACAGUCCUCUAAGUCUCUAUGAUAUGUAAUGUUUUUGCUGAAUGAAGUUCCCAUUGAGCUUGGUCGGCUGCCUCCACAUCAGCAUAUGAUGAAAUUAUCAUUAAUACACUCUUGCAGCAAGAAUGAAGAUCUUAUUCUGCUUGGUCAGCUACUUUCACAUCACAUGAUGAGAUUGUCACUAAACUCUUGCAGCAAAUUCUGAGUACUAGAAGCUCUUCUUCACAUUAAAGAAGCUGAACAUCUCUGCUUGUUUUUACUUUACUCUUCUUCCAGUCAGGUUAAGUAUGUAUAGAGAAAUUCUUAAAAAAAAUGUCUAAUAUAAACUUCAGUGACUGGAAGUAUUUUGUAAUUCUAUUGGUUUCUGUAAAAGAUUCUAAAAAAAAUGAUCAUCAAGCAUAACAAAACAAAAUGGAGGGCAAAGUCUCCCACAUUGUAAGGAACACAUGCUUGCCCAAAAUACAUCCCUUGAUGUUGCAACCCCCCCAAAAAAAAUCAUUACCUAGAUCUGAAAUCUGAACACUCACUUGACAAAAGGAACACCAAACGUAAGUCCACAAAGUAAAAAAGUUGCCAUUCAUUUAAAUACAAACCUGAAAAUUAUGCAUUUAAGAUGUAAUGCUUGUAAGUUUUGUAUUUCAAAAAUAUAAAUUGUUUUUGUUCCAUCCCCUGGAAAGGCAAUAUUUGAUGUCCUUCAUGGUUCACUGUUGCAGUCAUGACUGUAGGGUUCUUCCUACCAGCAGCAGCCCUCGA